CACGGGCCAGCGCGCGGCUGGCCGGGCUGCCGGGCAGCUUUGCAGCAGGAGCCCGGGGCUACCCUCUGCGCUCUCGAGGGCUGGGGUCCGGGAUCCCACCCGCAGCGUGUAGGGCCAGAGCCGCUCCCAGCCGCCCAGCUUCUCAGCGAAACCCGCUAGCGCCUGGGGACCCCGGAUGGGCCCGGCGGAAGGUCGGCCUCCCGGGUGCUGGGGCCAGAGGAAGACGAGGGCUCCGCCCGCUGUCGCCUACCCGGGCGCGGGCUUCGUGGGGCCGCGGCAGCGGCAGAGUGGCCGCAGGCUGCGCUGACCGACUGCCACGAAGCGACUGCCACGUCAGGCCAACUUCACAAAACCCGGGCGAGGGUGGUGACGCAGGCCCGGUGGCCUGGCGGGGUUGGGCCGGGGGCCAAUCGAGAAGGCACUCCGAGCCCGGCCGCCCGCUUCAGCGACGCCCCGGCCGGCGCCGGCGCCUGCCCGGCCCUCAGGGAGGCGGGGGAACAGCAGAGAAGGCGGCGCCAUCGCGAAGCCCACAUCUCGCCCGCACCCUCGCCGCCGGGUCCGCAGUCUGGCCCGGGGCUGGGCGGCGUCUGCUGAAGCCCCCUCUGCCUGGCUCGGUCGGCCCGAACCGCUCUGAGACCCGGGCGCCAGCGGCGCGGAGAGGAGAGGAGAGGAGACGGCGGCUGGUAGGGCGGCCGGAGCCGGGACGGCGACCAGCCAUGGAGACGCGCUACAACCUGAAGAGUCCCGCUGUUAAACGUUUAAUGAAAGAAGCGGCAGAAUUGAAAGAUCCAACAGAUCAUUACCAUGCACAGCCUUUAGAGGAUAACCUUUUUGAGUGGCACUUCACAGUUAGAGGGCCCCCAGAUUCUGAUUUUGACGGAGGAGUUUAUCAUGGACGAAUAGUACUGCCACCAGAAUAUCCCAUGAAACCACCAAGCAUUAUUCUCCUAACGGCUAAUGGACGAUUUGAAGUAGGCAAGAAAAUCUGUUUGAGCAUCUCAGGACAUCAUCCUGAAACUUGGCAGCCUUCAUGGAGUAUAAGAACAGCAUUAUUAGCCAUCAUUGGGUUUAUGCCAACAAAAGGAGAGGGAGCCAUAGGUUCUCUAGAUUACACACCUGAGGAAAGAAGAGCACUUGCCAAAAAGUCACAAGAUUUUUGUUGUGAGGGAUGUGGCUGUGCCAUGAAGGGUGUCCUGCUGCCUUUAAAAUCUGGAAGUGAUUCAAGCAAGGCCGACCAGGAAGCCAAGGAACUGGCAAGACAAAUCAGUUUUAAGGCAGAAGUCAAUUCAUCUGGAAAGACUAUCGCCGAUUCGGACUUAAACCACUCUUUUUCACUAAAUGAUUUACAGGACAAUAUACCUACAACAUUCCAGGGUGCUACAGCCAGUACAUCGAAUGGAGUCUCGAACCCCUCGGGAGCAUCCCUUCAACAACCUGUCCAACCUGCAGCUAAGAAUACCUCCAUGAGUCCUCGACAGCGCAGGGCCCAGCAGCAGAGUCAAAGAAGGUCAUCUGCUUCACCAGAUGUAAUCCAGGGCCAUCAGCCAAGAGACAACCAUACUGAUCAUGGUGGAUCUGCUGUACUGAUUGUCAUCUUGACUUUGGCAUUGGCAGCUCUCAUAUUCCGACGGAUAUAUCUGGCCAAUGAGUACAUAUUUGACUUUGAGUUAUAAUAUUGUUUUUUGUCUUAAGAGCUGUGACUCAACUGCUUCAUUAAACAUUCUGCAUUGGGUAUAAUCUAAGAAUUGUUUACAAAAAAAUUGUUUUGUAUUUACCCUUCAUUCCUUUUCUGAUCCUUAUAAAUUCAGUAUAAAUAUGGCUAGACAUUCAGACUGUGUCCUGUUUAGUUUAAGGGACUGGAAGUCAAGUCCCUUGUCUCACUAUAUGACCUGCUUUACAGGGAAAUAACUUGUUUCUCAUGCCUCAGAUUCUUUUUAUGUAAAUUUGUGAUACUUUUCUGUAUAGCCCUUUUGAAUUUUUGGAUAAAAGAUGGUGUUUUAAGUUCCAGUGAGUAUUAGUAGUUACUCAGUAUCGUUUAUUGAGUACUCUGUUUCUACUUAUGUUAGAAUAAUACAGGGAUAAGAGUUGAAAAGGGAAAGUAAAACCCCUCUAAUAACUUACUCAAAAUGUUAUUCAUAGGAAACAUACUGGGAUUACCCAUUCUGUGACAUAUUUUGUGUCCUAAACAUUCUUCAAUGAAAGUUAACUUUCAGUCAAACAUUUAUGAGGAAAUGACAUCUUGGUUAUUGGAUGUUACUUGAAGAGAGAAUAAUGCUUUGUAACCACUUUGAUAUGCUGUUAGCCCAUUCUCUCCAAUGUGCAUAUAAGAUUAAAAAAAAAAAAAAAGAAAGAAUCCUCCAUAGAUCUUUGUUUUAAGAAAGGAAGGAGGGGUCCAAGCUAGGAAAUCACUUGAUUUUAUUCCAGAAGUUAACUGGGAGGAUCUUAAGAUUUGAAUGUUUGGUCUGCUUUGAAUUGCAUUUUUUUUUUUUUAGCUGAGCCAUCCUGCCACCUGUUGGCAGCUCAGCAGCAGCUCACCUCGGACCGUGAACCGAACUGGUGACCCUGUUGCUCAGUGCGAGCUCUUAACCAACUGAGCCACUAGGCUGGCCCCCUGAAUUGUAUAUCUUUUGAGAUGUAUAUAUGCCUAGCUUUGUAAUCACUAUAAAUUUAAUUCUGGAAUAUGCAUAAUGUUGAAAUAGUUCAUGUACCAUUUCAAUAGAAAAGCUCAGGGCCCAAGCAACAGUAAUAGAAAUUAGAAAAACCUUUACUUGGAAUUGUCCACCUAAUCAAAGCUCAAAAAAUAAUUUUCAAUGCAAAAUCAAUAUAUAACUUAGUGCUAGCUAGCUCCACAAACUCUAGUAGAUAUUUUUACCAUCAUAAUGCCUGGUGAGAACAUAUAGUCAGAAAAACAUUGUAUUCAGCAUGUUCAGUAGCAGUAUUGAAGAUACUCUUGAGAGUGUUGUUAAUGAAGAUUUAAUUUUUAAAUACAGGCAGUCCCUAGCUUUCAAACAGGUUAUGCUCUAAAAGUGUAUUUGUAAGUUAAUCUUUUUUUACAACACAAUGUUGUAAAUAGUGUUUAAGCUCUAGAACAGUCCACAAAAGUUAGUCUCGAAUACUUUGGGGGAUGAUAUCCAUUAAGUCCUUUUGUGGUUUUAACUAACUUAAACUACAGACAAGAUAGAAACAAUUUGUAAAAUGAAUUUAAAGGCAAAUUUAAUUUUUACUCCUACUUUGGGACUUUGAUUAACUAUCAGACACAAUUUCGGUUUUCAUCUGAUAGUCAGUUGUCCUUUAUGUCUGCAUCUAAAAUAAAGACAUAUGUAUACUGUUAUAUAAUAUAUAGUUGUCUUAAAUUCUGAAAUUAGCAUUUGAAAGUGUUUACAGAUUGUUUCUGUUGUAUCUACCCAUAACUGAUGUUGGUAAAGUCUAAAAAAAACCAAAAAACUUUAUGAAGACCUCAUAUGUCAGGCAAAUUAUAGGUUACCAUUUAAUAACUUUAUUGCCAUGAGAAAAUUCUGAAGUCUUGAUUUGGAACAUAAGAUAUUAGGAAUAUUGGUUCAAUGAUCAAUGCCCUAGCAAGAGGUCACUGACCCUGGAAGACCAGGUAAUGUUAUCACCUGAGAAGAGGAAAUCCCUGUGCUCUCAAACUAUGCUGAGAUUAAUCUUGUGCUAGAAACAACCUUCUCUCUACUUCCUCUCAGUCACACUUGAGCCAGCCUCUGAAUCUGUCAUUUUGUUGUAUGUGUCCAUGGGGUGUACCUAUACUUUCAAAUUAAUUAAGCCAAGAAGAUUUUGCAUUCUACAAAUCCUUCUCUCUGAUUUGCCUCUUUUCCCUCACCCAUCACUGACAGGCCACUUUCUUGUUUGUGUUGGUAUUUUUUUUUUUUAAUACCUGAUAGCAUCUGAAAGUGACAUAGUUUUUGCUCCUUCCCUUACAGCUCAGGUUACUUAAAAAUCUUGAAGUUGCCAAUCUGACCCCCAUUGUGGAGUUAAUGAGCAAAAUUGAACUUUGGGGCCAGUCUUAUUCAAACCCCACCAGAUGGGCCUCUUCAGAAAACUAUUAUUUUUAAAGCCCCACUUUAACCCCUUAAUUAUAGCAUAAGGUCAGAACUGGAUGUAUGAUCUGGCAGGUAAAGGUUUAGGACUCCUUCUUUGCCCAGUCCUUUGAUUUAGGUACCUCAGUGACUUUUUCUUUGGCCAAUAUAUAGCACAUGCCCACACACAAAGGUAGUUAAAGUAGCAUGCUUGAAAAAAUAUAUAUAAUGUCUGUUUCACCUGUAAUUGUUUAAGCAAAUGAAACCUUUAAAAUUUUAUGUACUGUUGGGCUUUAUGUAGCACUUUAUAUUUUCAUGCUGCUUAUUGUUUUUAUUCUACUGAAAUAAAUUAAUUUCAUCAAAA